AUGUUUUCCAAGACCGCCGUCGCUCUCGCCCUUGUGACCGACUUCAACUACGCUGUCAAGGACGGCUACCUUGAAAACGACUUUGGCCACCAGGAAGCACGCGACGAAUACAACACCCAGGGUUCCUACUUCGUCGUCCCUCCCGACGGUCGUCUAACCGCCGUCGCUCUCGCCCUUGUGACCGUCGGCUGCUCUUCACAGCCUUCUUACGAUUACUCUCCUCCGGCAACUUAUGAUGACUUCAACUACGCUGUCAAGGACGGCUACCUUGAAAACGACUUUGGCCACCAGGAAGCACGCGACGAAUACAACACCCAGGGUUCCUACUUCGUCGUCCCUCCCGACGGUCGUCUGAGUAAUUACAGUAUACUACUUACUUUCGCCGUCGCCAAGGUGAGGGUCGGCUGGACAGUGGGAAUGGGAGUGGCUGAGGAGAGUUUACGAGAGUCACGCAGUAUAAAAGGCAACGGCUCGACGUCUGAUGCAUCUCAGUCGAUCAUCUAUCUUCAUCAUACCGCCGUCGCUCUCACUUGGCUUGUGGCCGUCGCUUUGGCUGCUCCUUCACAGCCUUCUUACGAUUACUCUCCUCCUGCAACUUAUGACUCUCCAGCUAAGUACGACUUCAACUACGCUGUCAAGGACGACUACUCCGGAAACGACUUCGGUCACCAGGAAGCACGCGACGGAUACAACACUCAGGGUUCCUACUUCGUCCUGCUUCCCGACGGUCGUCUGCAGAGGGUCACCUACACUGUCAACGGCGACUCUGGCUACGUGGCUGAGGUCAGCUACGAGGGUGAGGCCCAGUACCCCGAGUACCAUCCUGCUCCAGCCUACAAGCCUGCUCCUGCCUACAAGCCUGCCCCUGCCUACGAACCCGCUCCUACUUACGUUUAAAUAUGUACAA